UUUCAAAAUCAGCAUGAUUCCUUGGCCUAUUCCAGUGUGCCAAAAAGUAUUCUAAACAAGAAAAUAGAAAUACUCGAUGAGUUAAUUGCUGCUUAUCAUUCAACUUCUUCUCCUGCUAGUUUAUCAGAAACUGAAAAAAUUCUCAAUCAGCAAGUAGGAUUUGAAGAACAAAAGCAAAAGGUUUUGAAUAGUUUAAAGAUUAAAAGUUAUUGUGAACAAAAUGACUUUCGAAGGAGUCCGCUAGUCUUAUUUCUAGUUGGUUCUCCCGGAGUAGGAAAGACCACCUUUGCACAAAUCCUAGCUCAAGCUUUAAAAAAAGAAUUCUUUAUGGUGGCACUGGGAGGGAUGUCGGAUAGUUCUCUACUGUUAGGAAAUAAUGAAAGUUCCUUGGGAACUAAUGGAGUAGGACAAUUAACUAAGGCUCUAAUUGAAACCAAAACUCAUAAUCCACUAAUUUUACUGGAUGAAUUUGAUAAGGUCAGUUCUUACAAAGGUAAUUCUGCGAUUCAUAAUUGUUUAAAUGCCGUUUUGGAUCCGGUGCAAAACCAGGAAAUUCUUGAUUAUUAUCUGGAUGUUAAAUUGGACUUUUCUCACAUAACUUUUAUAAUUACUGUUAAUGACCAGAGUGAAAUUCCGAAACACUUGUUGUCAAGAAUGCCCGUGGUGGUUGAAUUGCCAGGCUAUACUCUGGAACAAAAGAAAGAAAUUGCCCAGCGGUUUAUUAAAAACCUUUUUGCCAAUAAGGAAAGUUUAAAAGAUAAAUUUGAAAUUACCUCUCAAGCUCUUGAAACUUUAAUUAACAAAACUAGGGAAAAAGGGGUUCGACAAUUAAAAAAGGGACUUGAUAGCUUAAAAAUUACUAGGUUUAAUUCCUUAUUAGUAUUGCGGCAAAUUAGAGGACAAUUUGCUGAAAAAGAGUAUCAAGAUUACGAGGGGAAAAUAAAUACUGCUACUUCACGGGAAGAACUUGUGGUCAUUGUGAAAGAAUUUUUGCUAAAAAUCAAGCAAAAAAAUAUCCUUUCAAAACCUACCAAGAAAAAUGAGGACAAAGGAAUUCAAGAUGAAUUAGCAAAAAUUAAAGACCUAAACAAGACUUUGGAGGGAAAAUUAAAACUUUUUGAUGAUGAAAUAAAGAAACUGAAAGGAGAAACUAAAAACUCACAGGGUCAAGGAAAUGAGGUAGCUACUUUAAAAAAAUAUUUCAACAAUCCCAAUUUGGCACCGGCUCGCAACUUAGUUAAUUGUCAACGAGUAAUCCGCACCGAUGACUUAGCAAAUAUUAAUGCUCAAUCUUACCACCAAACUUUAUUUGAAAUGCUGGGGGAUUUCUCAAUUGGUAGUAAUUUUAAAGAGGAGAAAACUAAUUUUUGGGAUAUGGGUGAUGGUCCUUGUGGUGCUAACACCGAAAUUUAUUUUGACUUUCAUCCAGAAAGUGGUUUGCCAAAAAACAUUGAAGACUUAGAUAAUAAACGUUUUAUUGAAAUUUGCAAUAUUGUUUUCCCAGAAUUUUAUCAUCAGGAUGAUAAAUAUUUGCCCUUAGCAGAAAAAUGUGUGGACACUGGAGCCGGAUUAGAACGCAUUACGAUGGUUUUGCAAGGCAAGAAAAACACUUUUGAAAUUGAUUUAUGA